CCAGCAAUCCCAUCUUUCUAAGCAGCAUCGCCUUCUUUCAAGAUUCCCUUAUCAACCAGAUGACGCAGAUCAAGCUGUCUGUGUAUGACGUCAAAGACAGAUCUCAGGGAACAAUGUAUUUACUGGGCUCUGGAACAUUUGUUGUCAAAGACCUGCUCCAGGACAGACCUCACAGACUGCAUCUCACGCUGAGGUCUGCGGAGAGUGACCGAGUGGGCAACAUAACUGUGAUUGGCUGGCAGAUGGAGGAGAAGUCGGACCAGAGGCCCCCCGUGACCCGGUCUCUGGACACCGUCAACGGACGGAUGGUUCUGCCUGUUGAUGAGAGCUUGACCGAGGCCCUGGGAAUCCGAUCCAAAUAUGCUUCUUUGCGAAAAGACACCUUACUGAAAUCGGUGUUCGGCGGCGCCAUCUGCCGCAUGUACCGGUUCCCCACCACUGACGGCAACCACCUACGGAUCCUGGAGCAGAUGGCAGAGAGCGCCCUCUCCCUGCAUGUGCCUCGGCAGUUUGUGAAGCUGCUGCUGGAGGAGGACGCGGCCAGAGUCUGUGAGCUGGAAGAGUUGGGGGAGCUGUCCCCCUGCUGGGAGAGCCUCCGGCGCCAGAUUGUCACCCAGUAUCAGACUAUCAUCCUCACCUACCAGGAGAACCUAACUGACCUCCAUCAGUACAAAGGUCCGUCAUUUAAAGCCAGCAGUUUGAAAGCAGAUAAAAAGUUAGAAUUUGUUCCCACAAACCUGCACAUACAAAGGAUGCGAGUUCAAGAUGAUGGAGGCUCAGAUCAGAACUACGAUGUCGUCACUAUUGGAGCCCCAGCAGCACACUGCCAAGGUUUUAAGUCAGGAGGUCUUCGAAAAAAGCUGCAUAAGUUUGAAGAGACCAAGAAACACAGUUUUGAGGAGUGUUGUACUCCAUCUAGCUGCCAGUCCAUAAUCUACAUACCACAGGACAUCAUCCGAGCCAAGGAGAUCAUUGCCCAGAUCAACACCCUGAAAACCCAAGUUAGCUACUACGCAGAACGGCUCUCAAGGGCGGCGAAGGACAGGUCUGCCACUGGCCUUGAGAGGACGCUCGCCAUCCUGGCAGACAAGACCCGGCAGCUGGUCACUGUCUGUGACUGUAAGCUGCUGGCCAACUCCAUCCAUGGGCUGAAUGCAGCACGGCCUGACUACAUCGCUUCCAAGGCCUCGCCUACCUCGACCGAGGAGGAACAGGUGAUGCUUCGGAAUGACCAGGACACCCUCAUGGCCAGGUGGGCAGGACGGAGCAGCCGGUCUUCUCUGCAGGUGGACUGGCACGAGGAGGAGUGGGAGAAAGUGUGGCUGAAUGUGGACAAGAGCCUGGAGUGCAUCGUCCAGCGGGUGGACAAGCUGCUGCAGAAGGAGCGCCUGCACGGGGAGGGCAGCGAGGACGUCUUCCCCUGCCCUAGCACCUGCUCCAGCAAGAAAGGUAACCGGGACAGCCAAGCCUACUGGAUCAGACCGGAGGACCCGCUCUGUGACGGCCCCUCCUCGGCAUGCCCCUCCUCCAUGCCCACUGCUGCAUGCCAUCCUCACCCAGGCACACGUGAAUGGAGUGAGGCCCUUUACCCCCUGCUGACCACCCUCACAGACUGUGUGGCCAUGAUGAGUGACAAAGCCAAGAAGGCCAUGGUCUUCUUGCUCAUGCAGGACACUGCGCCCACCAUUGCCUCAUACUUGAGCCUGCAGUAUCGCCGUGACGUCGUGUUCUGCCAAACUCUCACAGCCCUCAUCUGCGGCUUUAUCAUCAAGCUGAGGAACUGCCUGCACGAGGAUGGCUUCCUGCGGCAGCUCUAUACCAUCGGGCUGCUGGCCCAGUUUGAGAGCCUGCUGAGCACCUAUGGAGAGGAGCUGGCCAUGCUGGAGGACAUGAGCCUUGGAAUCAUGGACCUGAGGAACGUGACCUUCAAAGUCACCCAGGCUGCGUCGAAUGCGUCGGCGGACAUGCUGCCCGUCAUCACAGGAAACCGUGAUGGCUUUAACGUAAGGAUCCCUCUGCCAGGCCCACUGUUCGACUCGCUGCCCCGAGAGAUCCAGAGCGGCAUGCUGCUGCGGGUGCAGCCAGUGCUCUUCAACGUGGGCAUCAACGAGCAGCAGACGCUGGCUGAGAGGUUCGGAGAUACAUCCUUACAAGAAGUUAUCAACAUCGAGAGUUUGGUGCGGUUAAAUUCCUACUUUGAGCAGUUUAAGGAAGUUUUGCCAGAGGACUGUCUCCCUCGCUCUCGGAGUCAGACCUGCCUGCCGGAGCUGCUGCGGUUUCUAGGACAGAACGUCCAUGCGCGCAAGAAUAAGAACGUGGACAUCCUCUGGCAAGCUGCUGAGGUCUGUCGCCGCCUCAAUGGGGUCCGAUUCACCAGCUGCAAGAGUGCCAAGGACCGCACAGCCAUGUCGGUGACGCUGGAGCAGUGCCUGAUCCUGCAGCACGAACACGGCAUGGCCCCUCAGGUCUUCACACAAGCCCUGGAGUGCAUGCGCAGCAUUGGAACACGGGAGGUAGUCACCCAGAAGAACUUGAGCGGCCUGGUGCCCAUGCGGGACUUGAGGCUAGACCCCAGCCUCCUCUGUUCCCUUCCCUUGCUAGCACUGAGCCCCAAUUUACUGAUUGUGUGGCUCUUCCUGAGCAUAGCAUACCUGCUGACUAAAUUGCGUUGCAAAUAAGUACCAUUAUGAAAAAUUAAUCAGUCACGAGGCAGACAAAAGUGCCCGAAUAUGUCCAGCCACCGUGUACCAAACUGGACAGAAGGAAGGUGUCAAAGCGAGGUCUGCCAAGGACUAUCUCAUGCCUUACAGUUUGAUGUUUGUUCUUCCGAACUGUAAAUACCUGCCAGAUUAUUUCAUCGAGAGGACUUGUUUGUUUCAAUUGUGUAGCGUCUUCGGUGCUUGUGGCAUGUCCUUCUGGUGCCCUGUGAUUGCAUUCUUUAGCUGGCCUGGAAUUGAUUACUUGUACCAAAUAGCUUACCUUCUGAUGUAUAACUAUUUUAUUACCUGUACAUCUCAUGUGCCCUGGUCCAAGAGAAAGGGAUGCUGUCUGAGAAGAAUUUGUAUAUUUGAUGCUAUUCCUUCAGUGUGUUGCUAACCGUCCUUGCCUUUUGAAGAAAAAUGAUGAGAAAAAGAGCUUAUCAGCCGGCUUCUCUAGAAGCCCCUGUCUCCUGGAACUGUACUUCCUGCUUUCCUUUCAGAGUGUGAGCCUGGGAGUGUAGGAGCAAACAGUUUGCAGAGUGACGCUUCCCCGCUUCUAGUUAGUUCCGCUAGCAACCAGCUGUGGGUACAGGAGCACAUGCCACCAAGCCCUGCACACAGAGAUUACACGCAUGGGACUUCAGGGUUGCUCUUAAUACACGGAGCGGUGACAGUUACAUACGUUUCCUUAAAAUAACAUUUUUUAAUUUAAAAAUUGUAUGUUUAAUUCCAGAUAAAGUCUAGAUAUUUUUUUUGUUCUUUACUAAUACAAUAACGUUAAUAAUGAACAACAACAACAACAACAAAAAAAAAAUCAAAGAAAAUGCUCUAAAAAAAUGAGGCUUCAGUUUUGGCAGUUGUGAGAGACGGAGCCAUUAGAAGGAGGGAUAAGUGUGAGUUUUGCUGCUAGCACUCUUAAUUUUAACAUGGUACUGCUCCUAAGAUAGGAUGACCAGUCACCCUGACAUUCAUACGUGGCCGAGAGUAACUGUCCUCUCUAAAAAUAACCACGUAACCCAGGAAAGAUCCGACGAGCCUUGUGUAAGAAAUGGUGAGUGGCUUCUCCAUCUUCUUGUUUGUGUUGUUUCUGAUUUUUGACCCUCAGUCGGAUGAAGGGGAUUUCUUCUCAGGAGUCUGGUGGAAAGCCUGGAGUGAGUUAGAGGAGCUGGGGUCUGCAGCAUCUUGACAUCCUCAUGCCCACAGACCCAUCCACCAGAAGUCCCCAACACCUCCUGACUACUUGGAGGGUGUUCUCUGACUUGCCCCCCUCUGAAAGAGUGAGUCCAGGAGUUGCGUUGGCAGCUAGCAGUGAACACCGGUGCUGGGCGGAAUCUGUGAAUUGGGCUGGGUGAGGCUGUCCUACCCACACCAGAGCAGUCCCCUUCUAGGGCUGAGCAUUGCAGGCUUCCCAGGGCAGGCCUCACUCUGUCUCCACCUAAGCAGCUCUUGUCUCCCCUGGGUUAAGCAUGGCAGCAGCUCUGUGGUGUCUUUAGUUUAGUCUCACCUAUUGCUGGCUGACAUUAGCCACCUGACAGACCUGUCCAGUCAGGGACCCUUUGAAAGGGAUACUGGAUAGAUGCCCUUUCACCUCAGCACAUGUGCUUCAAACCUCCAAGACCAUUUUGCUUGCUUCAUUUGCACAGGGGAGAGAGAGCCCGUAGCCUCCUUCCACCCUCACCCUGCGGCUGCCCCUUCCUUUCUCUAGGUUGAUACCUCCUGAUACCAUGGGCCUGAACCAUUUCCAGGGUGGUGGUGUGGCCAAACAGAGAGAGACCACAGAGCAGUGAGGGAAGCCUACAGAGUAACUCUGGACGUAACUGCAGAGACAGCACCUUCUGCCCCUAGCGGCUGGGAUGCCAUAGCUCUGGGGGGGCCUCAUUUCAGGACCAUAGCACAGCAGAAGGAGGCAGUGGCUGCUUAGAGAAAUCCCCACCCCAACCCUAGGCAGAGGGAACUCUUGUGGGGACACUGGUCUGCCAGCCACCCUCCUGUCCUGUGUGGCCUUGCCCUUGGGUAAGAGAGAGAAGGGUCAGAAAGGAGGCCAUGUGUGUGGCUCCUUGUUCUCACCUCUGGGGUUGAGCAGCGUGUAGCACCCCAUCUGGGUGGCCAGGCACACAAGGGCUUCUCUGGAGGAAGCCAAGCAGUGGGCGCUUGAGGUCUGCAUUUCCUUUUCUCCUCUAACACCCUGCGAGAUGGGAGGCCAGGCUUCAGAACACCCAUCUUUUAUGCUGUGUUUCAAUGUCACUAAGACACCCUCAGUAGCCAGAAGCCAUGUUCUGUGCUCUCGUCAGCUGGCCUUAGAAAGUGGCUGUGUGAGUUCUCCCGCUAGGCUGACUGCCACUGCUUCCUCCUGUGUCAUUCAGGCAGAGAUGCUGAGACGGGAGCAUGGUUCUUCCACAAGGCACCCCCCCCAUGUCUGCUGUGGAAUGGCCUGGGGCCUUCAGGUGAACUCUGAAGUGGGAGCCCCCGCCCCAGGAAAGGAAAACCAGAGGUCUUUAGGAUACCCCUUUUAGAGUUUCCGUUCAUAUUUCCAAAGUUGAUGCCUUUGAAAUGAAGUGAUUUUUGAGAUAAUAAAAAAGAACCAGGAGCUAUACAAUAACUAUCUUUUGCUAAAAUCUGCCUGAAUUGCCAUGUUUUAUUGCACCUGAAGACCCUGUAGCAGUGUUGUCAGUGAAAGUGUUCUGCCUCAGGUCUUCAUGCUGGACUCUGCAGCGCAUGCAACACGUCACCACCUCUGCGGAUCUUGUCCCAAGUUCCAGCAGGUCACACUGAUAGUGGCAGCAUGCAGACCAGGCAUGUCAGCUGCACAUUGAGCAUAAUGGGAGACACGGUUUAGUUUAAAAACCAAGUUGAAGGCAUAAUCUGAGCCGAAGCUGUGUGUUCUUGUACAGUGUACCAACCAGCUGAACAUGGAGUUAGUUUCUGUCAGUGUGAACACAGACUUUAAGAGUUUCUGAGUUCCUGUCUGGCAUUUACUGGAUAGGUGGGUCGGAGGUCCCUUCUGCAUAGGUGGAAAGGCCAGGCCUGAGGCAGUCUGUUAAUAACGGAGCUCCCAGAGACCACAGCCAGCUCCCUCCCAGCACCCAUCCCUUCUGCUGUAAGUAGAGUCACACCUUCACCCGCUCCCCGAGUGCUCAGCACAUGCUGUCCUUUGCUCGGGGUGGCCCUGGUGUUCUCAGGUGACAUGUCCAGCCUAAGGCUUGAGGCUCCGGAGCAAGGGCAUGCUCAGGUGGCAGGAGCCGUUAACAGUGGCAGCCAGAUGCCUUUCUCAACUGCCUGGGCUUCCUGUCUUUUGAAGAAACAUUAUUGUCUCACCAGAAACUGCUCCACAUGAUCUUAGAGAAGGGACCGCCAUUUUCAUUUUGAAAGGCUUGAGCUGCUAUGUUUUUAAAAUGUAUGUCAUGUGGUCUUAGAAUUUGAAAUACAUUUUUCAAAUCACUGUUCUUGGUAACUGCAAAUUUUACUUCUCAGAAGGGUUGGUUUUUUGUUGUUUUUUUUUUUUUUAACUGAACCUGACAAGCACUUGAUUACACUGCUUGUCUUUGAACAUUAUAAAAAUAGCAAGUUUUACUGUGUGUGGAAAGGCAUUUAUAUUCAAAAUCACUGUGGGCUGUUACUCUUACGCCCACCGCAGAGCGUUGCCCCGAGAACUCCCUUGAGGGCCACAGAGGCUCACUUGGCUCUUCAUUCUCGUGGGCACCACCUGUUUGACCCUGGGUAGCUGUGACGUCCCUGCCUCCCUUGCAGCUGGGAUUCGUGCUGGUAGUGAGUCCUCUAAGGGCAGAGCACCUGUGGGCUUGCACUGGGUUCAGUGGUUCUUGUACAAGAAAUGGCCACCAUGCGAGCAGCCCACCUGGCUAAUGGCGGCUAGCACCACCAGGAGAUGGUGGAGCCUCAGGGCAGCCUGAUAGCUAUGAGGACCUGGUGCAGGCAGCGUUUGGGCCCAUGUGGGAGCUUUGCACUUGGACAGCUGCCCCUAGGUGGAGGCAGAUGUCAGAGCAGCCGCCUCACGCCUCAGCCAGGUGGUUUUGCUGCCUGUUGAAUUCCGCAAGGAAAGUCAGCAUGUGGGGUCUGAGGUGGUCACAGUUCUGCUAACACACAAAGGUACAGUGUUUCAGAAGCUAUGGUAAGCGUGAAAUAUCCCCAUGCAUCCAGUGUGCUGCCUGGCAGUCUUUGAACCACAAGUUAGGAUGGAACCCCGAUAACCAAGUCCAAGAUACACACAAAAUCAUGUCUAUCUUUAAAAAAUUGUGUCUGCUUAGACGCAACAUCGCUCUGGAUCUGCCAGCCCACAGCUGCGUCCAUCGUGUGCUCAUCUUGCGCUUCCUUCCUGCUUUGUUCCGAAACCUCCAUCUUGUGUGUGUGUGCUGUCCAGCAACCAUUUUAAUUAACCUCUUGUUAACGCUAUGAAAAUAAUCAGUUCAUUCCAUCUUAGUUUAAGUCUUUUCUUUUUUCCUUUUUUACUGCUGUCAUUUCUUGUGCUUGUUUUU